CGUCAUCUCGACUCCACACCCAGCAGCAACAGGUGCAUCCAGCGGCGAGCAUGAACCUCAGUCUUCCCGACCAAGGCGUGCACAGCGACGGCUGUCAGGACGAAGACAAACCCGAUGACAUGCUGUCUUGCUUCCGUAGAAACAUGUACGACGAGCCUCUGGCUUCCUACUCCAACGGGUCCAUCAUCUCGCAACUUCUCCGAAAAACCAUCCACAACAAGAGGUCUCUGGAGGAAAGUCACUUCUUCCUCUCAGGAGCUGCUCCGUCUGAGUCAGGGCUGGAAGACCACAGCACUGGUUCCUCCAAAGACAGCGGGGGAGAGGCGUCCUCGCCGGGCGCUCACGAGAGGGAGCACCCUGUUUUUGACCACCACCAAGCGAAAAGAGCUCGGGUGGAGAACAUCAUCAGGGUGAUGGCUAGUUCUCCCAACAGCAGGCAACAUGGCGACGGCGAGAAGGCAGACAGUGACAUCAGGGAGGCCAGGGAGGCGUACAGGGAGAACAAACGCAAACAGCGACUGCCACAACAUCAGGAGCAUAGCGUCACUGUGAGGAGACGACCCCCAAGUGACUCCUCCGACUCCAAAGAAGAAGAGUGUCACAAGCUGAAGGAGCAACUCCACAGCAUGCAGAAGCUUCUGCAUCAACUCCAGGAGAAGUUCCUCCAAGUCUACAACCAAGAAGAUCCAGAGAAGGCGGAAGCCUGCUCGGAUGACAUCACUGCGGACCGUGACGGAAAAAUGGAACCUCUGGAGUGUAAAGAGGCGACGAAGCCAUCAGGCUGUUUCGAGAGUCUGAACCUCCAGGAUGCCUUAAAGGAAGAACUCACCCGAGCCGUCAACGACUGUGUGGACAGGGUUUUCAAGAAAGUCUCCUCACCAGGACUGGAUCUGUCGCCCCAGAUGUGCUCCUCGCCCGAUGAUCAGCUGGUGUCCGACAGAACAAGCCAGCAAACCUCGGCUCACGAUCAGCCACAGGCCGAGGACACUCCCAUCAAACCUCGAUCUUUGGAGUACUUUGAAAGCCCAGAGGCCCAAAGCCCGCAAGACCAAACAGAGGCCCUCUCCCUGGUCGUCCGAAAACCAGCCGUCACUCCCCUCAGCGCCUCGACUGUGAAGCGGCCCUACCCCGUGCACCAGAACCCGUUCCAGUUCAACUACAGCGCUCCCCUGCACGACAGCCAGAUUCUGGAGCAUCUUCUAAAGUACGGGCCACACUCAAACUUUGCUGCUCUCCACUGCAUGCCGCCUUCCAUGGACAGAACCUCACCCGACUCGGUGGACUUGCCCUGGGACGCCAUCGCCAUGAGAUCCAAGGUGACGUCGGGCCACCUCGGCCACCACGCCCGCCCCUCCGCCCUCGGUCCGGUGACAGUGGACAAUCUCUGCCUUCCCCAUGUCAAGAUCGAGUGUGCGGACCUGCAGGGCAUGGCGGACCGGAACCCCUACCUGUCACUCAACAUCCAGGAGGGUCUCACCCCCAGCCAUCUGAAGAAGGCCAAGCUGAUGUUCUUCUACACCCGCUACCCAAGCUCCAACGUGCUGAAGACCUUCUUCCCUGAUGUCAAGUUCAACCGCUGCAUCACCUCCCAGCUCAUCAAGUGGUUCAGCAACUUCCGGGAGUUCUACUACAUCCAGAUGGAGAAGUUCGCACGGCAGGCCAUCGUGGACGGCAUCAACGACGCCAAGGACAUCACGGUCACUCGGGACUCUGAGCUGUUCCGGGCGCUCAACAUGCACUACAACAAGGCCAACGACUUCCAUGUUCCUGACAAAUUCCUGGAGGUUGCCGAGAUCACGCUGCACGAGUUCUACAACGCCAUUUCUGCUGCCAAAGACUCGGACCCUUCCUGGAAAAAGGCCAUCUACAAGGUGAUCUGCAAGCUGGACAGCGACGUCCCCGAAGACUUCAAGACCUCGUCGUACGUCUAGAGCCCCCCUGGGCCAAGGACUGACCCACAUUUGUAGUGAGCUUUAGUGCAGUUUAGUAGCUUGUAAAUCUGUAUAUAGCCAGUCUGGGAUAAACUGACUGUGUUUGUUGUCUACUGUUCAUGAGUUACACCUGUGGAGUCAACCUAGCGUCAUAAUGGGACGUAAAUAUGAGAAUUCAUACGGAAAAAUAUCAACUUUCAGGAAUAAAUUUAGAGUAAUGAAUGUGACUGGAAACAAAUGGGAAAUAUAAAUCCAAGUAUAGAUGCAUUAAAUAUUAUUUCCCUUUGGAUUUAUAUCAGAAUUCCUUCAUCACAUAAUAUUAUUUUAACUUCCACAUUUAUUUCCUUUAAUACUUCUAAAGUUAGAGUCAUUUCAAUAACUAUUUCUAUUCUAAAUUACUUAAUUUAUGCUUUCUUUGUUAUAUCAGUUUUUUGUUUUUAUUAUCUAUCUCAUUCUUAGUAUCAAUGAAUUUCACUUUUGUAUUUAAUUUUUUAUAUUCCUGUUUUUUUUUCUAUACCUAUUCACUAUUACUUAUAAUUUGUUCAGCUUUUAAAUAUUUAAAGAAAGAAAUUGAAUUUUAUUUUGUGUUUAUCUCCCAUUUGUGGCACGUGGGUGAUUCCAUACGUAUUUCCAAGCAUUGUUUAGUAGGAGUGAACUCAAUUGAUUAUUUAUUAGGUGAACUGGAUUUAAGUUUUAAUACCUUUUUUUUUUACCUGUUAGUUUGUACUUGUGGUAUUUUGUUUCCUUCUUCGUGCCUGCACGUGACCAAAGGCUAUUUUUAUCAUGUGUAUAUGGAGUCAAACACAUUCAUGAGUGAUGAUUAAAG